AUGUCGAAACAGGUGCACUCCGAUGCCGAGUGGCGACGUCUGGUCGAGGAGGAAAAGCGAAACACUGACGAGCGUCGCCGUGCCCUGUUCGCGGGCCAAGAGGCCAUGAAAAAGGUUUUGCACCUCGAGCGUCAUGAAACUCUGCUUCGCUCUCAUGCUAAUGACUCCAUCGUUUGUGGCUACCAAGAAAUUUCUGACUUGGUGGAACUUGACUGUCGUGAAGCUGAGAAAAUAGCUCGCCUCGAGAAAGAACGUGCUGAAGCCCUGGUUGCUAAGCAAAGUCGCCUUGCUCAUGAAGUGAAAGGAUUCGCUUCCGGGAAGGGUGGCCUGUCCUCAGAAUGUGGUGCGUCGUCUAGUUCUCACAUAGCGUCUUCAUCGGCCGGAGACGUCAAUCAGACUCGCGCCGCGACAUCAGAGAGUCCUACUCCGAGACAAAUGAUCGUCUCGACGGAUUCCUCGUCGUCCACAUCUUGCGAUGACCUGGAAACUUUCUUAACUGGCUACGCUGGAAAUCCUCGUUCGCCUGUUGAUGAUACUGUUGAACCAGCUGGGAACAGCUCAUUAGGUUCUUGA